AGGACGCGUCACCGCAGGAGCAACACCUAAAACAGACGACAUGUCCUGUAAAACGUCCUCUCUGCUGCCGGGGGACGUGGACCACCUGCGGAGAAGAUCAGUGGCUGAAUCCACAGAGGCCUGCUGUGACCCCGAGCAUCCCCAGCGGUUGCUGCGACUGCACGUUCACCCUGAAAGACUGUGCCUCGGGCCUCAGCAUGCAGACCUGGGCGUGGCAACGCCCUCUCCAGAUGCCUCUGCGCAGCACUUCUGCCACUUCACGCCGAAAUGUUUGCUUGCCGUCCACCGAGGAGCACAUUGCACCUCUCCAACGCGACAUGAGGAAGGGUGGCAUGACGGCACCUCCAGGACCACCAUCAGAGUGGAGAAUGAGGUUGAGGCUCACAGAGAGGCUAACAACUACAAGUUUGGCUUCAGAAAAUGGAAAGGCAACGUGACCGAGAAGCCAAUUGAAGACAGAUCAGACAUCGACAAAGAACUGCACACGGAUCUUAGCAUUGUUAAGCAACAAGAAGCUUCAGUGGUGACUUUUGGGAACAUAGCUUAUGUGUUUUUAUUCGGCUGGUGGGUUUCAUUGUUCUACAUCCUCAUUUGUCCUGUAAUGUUUCUAACAAUCUGCGGUGCUUCUUACGGCAAAGUUUGCUUCAAGUUGGCACGGUUCUUUAUUUGGCCGUUUGGGAAYUCAAUAGAGAAGGCUAGUUCUGUGGUCAGAAGGUCCACCUCAAUGCCGACAAACUGUGAGAUCGUUCCACAAGAACGGGAUGCUGUGGACUGUGAACCGCUUCUGGUAUCUUCYCCUCUUCCUGUUGAGGUCCACGUCCCAGCUCUGCCUCCCAAAAAACCRUCAAAGCACUGGGGUCGGGUCAGUACUUAUAUUUGGUUGUUUCUGGGUUACCCUGUGCUGGCUGUCGUCCACUCCCUCGCAUGUGUCCUCUCCUGGAUGCUAGUCUUCACCAUCCCUGUUGCAAAAAUGAACGGUCGCGUCCUGACCACUGUCCUCCUCAUGGCACCUGAAGAAGUUCAGAUCCACAAACUAGAYAAGACCGUUGUGUGCGAGACCAGAGUCAUCCUGUGUUGUUACCAAGCUUUUAAUAUGUAUUACUACAAAUACACUGUGCAAGGAAUCAACAUUUUUGCUCUCAAUUUGCUACCAUUGGUGUUUAUGACUUUGGUCAUUGGCUACGCUGAUCGGCAGCAUAAAUACUUCAGUGCAGAGACGAUAUUCACCAUAGCCAUUACCUCCAUCAUCCCCCUGUCCUACUAUAUUGGCAUGGGAAUAGCCAGCCUUUCUGCACAGAGUAACUUUGCAGUGGGAGCAGUGGUGAAUGCUACAUUUGGCUCCAUCGCAGAGAUGACAUUUUAUAUCACUGCACUGCUGCGGGGCCAUCGAGCUGGCAGCAAAUGUUACGAAGAGAUUGUCAAAGCUGCGCUCACUGGGACGCUGCUGGGGUGCAUACUGUUCAUACCUGGGAUUUGUAUGACUGUCGGUGGCAUUAAGCACAGUGAGCAGAGAUUUAACAGCCGCUCAGCUGGUGUGGGCUCAGCUUUGCUUUUCAUAUCCAUUGGGGGUGUUUUCGCGCCCACCCUCUUCUCAAAGGUCUUUGGGAAUCUGGUGUGUGAAAGUUGCUCUAAUAUUCCGGGCAACGCCAGUGCACCCUUCAUCUGUAAGGACUGUCAUUACUACGUGAGUCAAACGGACCCACAUUUGAUUCUGUCCAAUAUCGAGCCUCUUGUGUACACUAUAUCUGUCCUGCUCCCUGCUUCAUAUCUGAUCGGCCUCAUCUUCACACUAAAGACCCACUCCCACAUCUAUGAUAUUCAAAUUAGCGACGGACACGGGGGUCACGUACACGCAGGUCACCACUUUGUGCAUUGGUCUCGUUGGAGGGCUCUGGUGGUGCUGAUUGCCGCCACAGUGCUGAUGACAUGCUGCGCUGACCUUUGCACUGAAAAUAUUGAGCCCAUUCUGACCCAUUCCACCAUCUCUCAGUACUUCAUCGGAGUCACCGUGUUGGCCAUGGUGCCGGAACUUCCUGAGAUUGUCAACGGGAUCCAGUUUGCUCUGCAAAACAACAUUAGCCUGAGCCUUGAAGUAGGUAGUUGUAUUGCUGUGCAGGUCUGCAUGAUUCAGAUUCCACUUCUCAUCCUUUUUAAUGCGUUUUAUGAUGUUGGGUUUGUGCUGGUGUUCAGCGAUAUCCAUCUCUGGGCCAGCAUCUUCAGCGUCAUUCUGGUCAAUUACAUCUUCAUGGAUGGAAAAUGUGACUACUUCCAGGGCACAGCUCUAGUGGCGGUUUAUCUCAUCAUUUUGGCUCUUUACUACUUUGCUCCUUCUCCACGUUCAUGUUGAUCAGUGUUGGAGGAAUAUGAGUCCUAUUUCUAUAGAAAUUCACUCGUCGUUUAUGGGUGGUUCAAGUUUAGAGGCACAGAAUACGGGAAAUUGAACGUUAUCACUGAGCUGGAAAUAAAUAGCACUUAUUAUAUUUCAUUGUUUUGUAUGCUUCAAAAUGUUCUAGUUCUUGCCAUUUUUGUAACUUCUAUAUGUUGGAUGUAAAAGUGACUUUUGGAAAUUGUAAAUUGUCAUGCCAAAUAUAAUAAACUGAUUUAAAAGUG